CUUUCACUUAUACGAGGAGGUAUGGUCGAUUAGAAAAAAGUUAUUUUUGUGAAAUAUGUGACGAUGUAAGCUAUUUUAAUUAUGAAUUUAAAACUGUUGGAGCUUCAUCUUUGAGGGAGUGAUUUUAGAAUCCCUGUAAGAUCAGCUGUGCUAUAGAAAUGGACUCCAAAAUGGAUUCGCAAGGGUCUUCUCGAAAAAGGAAGCUCUGUGACAUCAUGGAAACAUCAGAAUUAGAUGACAAUUCAAAAAUAGCAAAGUCUGAUGGGGAAGAUCAAACUAAAAAGCAAAAUCACAGUGAAAUAGAAAAGAGGAGACGAGAUAAAAUGAAUACCUAUAUAACAGAGCUUUCUUCUAUGGUGCCAAUGUGUAAUGCCAUGUCCCGAAAAUUGGAUAAGUUGACUGUGUUGCGGAUGGCCGUUCAGCAUUUGAAAACUCUCAGAGGCUCAAUCAACUCUUAUGCUGAAGGUUUAUAUAAGCCUUCCUUUUUAUCUGAUGAAGAGCUUAAGCGACUAAUUCUGAAAGCUGCAGAAGGUUUUCUAUUUGUAGUGAGUUGUGAUCGAGGACGCAUGCUAUUUGUAUCUGAAUCUGUUUCACAAGUUCUUAAUUAUUCACAAAAUGACCUUUUAGGUCAAAGUUGGUUUGAUAUAUUGCACCCUAAAGACAUUGCUAAAGUAAAGGAGCAGCUAUCAUCUUCCGAUUUAUCUCCAAAAGAGAGAUUAAUUGAUGCCAAAACUAUGAUGCCUGUCAAGACAGAUAUUCAACCAACUCAAGUACGGCUUUGUCCUGGAGCUAGGCGGUCAUUCUUUUGUCGAAUGAAAUAUAAAGCUUCUUCAUCUGUGAAAGAAGAAGCUGAUACCACAACAGGUAUGCACAGGAAAAGGAAAUCUCACAGUUCUGAUCGCAAAUACCUUGUGAUACAUUGUACUGGCUAUUUAAAAUCAUGGGCUCCAGCUAAUCUUACCAUUGAUCUUGAAAGUGAUGUAGAUAGUGACUGCAAUUUAAGUUGCUUAGUAGCCAUUGGUCAAGUUCAACAUUGCUUACCAAAUCCAUCUCCUAAAAAUGGCAUUGAGUUGCGAUCAAUGGAAUUCACUUCUCGUCAUGGCAUGGAUGGGAAAUUUCUCUUUGUUGAUCAAAGAGCAUUUUUAAUGCUUGGUUAUCUACCACAAGAACUGCAAGGAACAUCUUGUUAUGAAUAUUUUCAUCAAGAUGAUAUUAUGCAGCUUGCAGAAUUCCACAAACAAGUUUUGCAAAGUCAAGAGAGAUUGACUUCUCCCGUAUAUAGGUUUCGUCGUAAGUCAAACAAUUUUGCCUUCCUUACAAGUAAAUGGAAAACUUUCAGAAAUCCGUGGACUAAAGAAUUAGAAUACAUAAUUUCUGUAAAUACUCUAGUCCCCAUUAUGGAUUCAGGAUUGGUAGAGAGCUCAAACAGUGCAAGAGAAGAAAUGUACAGCAGCAAUUCUAAUAGUUUAGAUGCUGUUCUAUCUAUUUUGCCAAAUACUGUUAAUAUGGGGGAUCCUCAGAAGUUAUUGGGGACUAAGGUAGGUGCAGGAAAAAUUGGUCGUCAGAUUGCUGAAGAAGUACUUGAGAGGCAAAGAGCUAAUGAAAUUGACCUUUGUGCUAUUAGUCCUACUGGUGCAGACACUUAUGCUGCACAGCAAUUUCCACCUGCUAUGUUAAAUUCACAGAAAGACAGAUCUAAUUACCUUAGAAAUUACCAUUCCAAGCAAGAUCUUCCUCCUGCAUUUGAAAAUGAAUUAGCUGCCAGUUCGCCUUCAUCUAACAGUACUUCAUCUCAAUACACAAUUCCUGUGCAUAAUCCUGUUCUUAUGAAUGAACCUAUUCAGAUUCCUAACAUGGAUUCUGUCAUUGGCCGAGAUAUGUUGCAAGCUUCUUAUCAAAGCAGUAGUAAUGAAGGCAAUGAUGAAGCUGCCAUGGCUGUAAUUAUGAGCUUGCUUGAGGCUGAUGCUGGUUUAGGAGGACCAGUUGAUUUUACUGGCUUGCCUUGGCCUCUGCCUUAAGAAAUUUUAAUUUGACUCUCUAGAAGCAGCUAUUCAACACAUAUUAUUAAUUGUGUGAGUGUUUGUAUGUAUGUAUUCUGGUAAGCUGACUGCUGAGGUUUGACAGCAUCAGAUCUUUCAGGAGCUUUUCAGUGAUGUGAUUAUGUGAAGUCACCCAACCUUUAACUCUGGAAGCAUAAAGGAUUGUAUUGCAAGCUAUAAAAAUUUGUUUUUCUAUAAAUAUAUAUCACUAUCAAUUCAUCUUUAAGAUAAGCUUUUAAAGUUAAAUUUUUUUUUUCUAGAUGCUAAGUUCCA